AAUUAACUGAAGCAUGUCUUAAAACAAACUACUAUGGAGUAAAGGAAUUGACCAAAGCACUAAUUCCCCUUCUCCAGUUUUCAGGCUCACCCAAAAUUGUCAAUGUUUCUUCAUCCAGUGGAAGGCUUGAGGCCUUUCCUUCUUUGAUGAGCAAUGGCAGAAGCAACAGCAAGGUAUGCGGUUGUGACAGGAGCAAACAAGAGAAUAGGAUUUGCAAUAUGCAAGCAAUUGACUUCUGAAGGUAUCACUGUGGUGCUGACAGCAAGAGAUGAGAAGAGAGGUCUUGAAGCUGUUGAGAAACUCAAAGGGCUUGGUCAUGUGAUUUUUCAUCAACUUGAUGUCACUGAUCCUGCAAGUAUAGGAUCAUUUACACAUUUCAUCCAGACCCGUUUUGGAAAGCUCGAUAUCUUGGUGAACAAUGCUGGAAUCUCAGGAGCACAUGUGGAGGAGAGUGAGGCUUUGGUUGCUGCAAAUAUUUUGGAAAACGGUGGCCAAAUUGAUAGUAGAAAAAUAUUUACUGAAAACUAUGAAUUAAGUGAAGCAUGUCUUAAAACAAAUUACUAUGGAGUCAAGGAAUUAACCAAAGCAUUAAUUCCCCUUCUCCAGUUUUCAGGCUCCGCCAAAAUCGUCAAUGUUUCCUCAUCCAUGGGAAGGCUUGAGAAUAUGCCAGAUGCAAGGCCUAAAGAAGUGCUAAAUGAUGUUGAAAACCUCACAGAAGAAAAGAUUGAUGAAUUUCUGAGUGAAUUUCUAAAGGAUUUUAAAGAGGGUUCACUAGAAACCAAAGGGUGGCCUCAUAGCGCAUCUGCGUAUAGAAUCUCAAAAGCUGCUCAGAAUGCCUACACAAGGAUUCUAACCAAGAAAUACCCUUUAUUCUGCAUCAAUGCUGUUUGUCCAGGUCAUGUGAAAACAGAUAUUACCUACAAUACAGGCCUUCUAACACCUGAUGAAGGUGCUGAAGCUGCUGUCAGGUUGGCACUGUUGCCCCAUGGUAGUAGUCCUUCUGGCCUUUUCUUCUUUCGAAGUGAAGAGAAACCAUUUUGAUCAAGGAUUAGUUGUGGCAUGAAAACAAAAUCUUGGUUAAAGUAAUAAUGCAUAGUGUUAUUGUAUAAACACGUUUAGACACUCUUGUGACUUGAGUCAUGUAAACGAAAAUAACGAAUUGUGUAAGCAAUGAUGUUCAUUAUAGUCAAAAUUGUUUUGAGUUGUGCUUAAUAAAUGAAGUUACGCUGGAAUUGAUGUGUUAA